AUGGCAGCUCCAGGCCCUGCUACACUCAGAUAUGGCGCACGCCAGGAAAAGGGUAUCUUGCUACGUCGAUGGAUGCUUGAUGAUCCAACUGCGCCGCCAUGCCCCGUCGAGCAAAGCGACCUAAAUAUUUCGCUUAAAGAUAUUGAACCUAUACGAAGGUUUAAGCCAAUCGAAAAUUCUUCCAAUGACCUCAAUACUGUGGGUAAUAUAUGCGCAAGAUUCGAAUUGGAUAUAUUUCAGGAGGAAGAUAUCAAGGGCUAUCGUAUUACGAUAAAUGGAUGGGCUGGACUUGUUGCUGACACACUUAUCGACCUAGAAGCUGUCAUUAGCGAAGGAAGUCGCUUUUUUACAUCAGAUAAGUCUAAUUGUCUUUACGACAUGGUGGCCUUUAGAAACGACCUCGAAUAUGUUUUCGUGGACAAUAUUAUGAACGAAGACACAACGGAAUUUUUCACAGACCACCUAUUCGUCGAGGCUAAUGGUCUUGCAUAUCCUCAAAACCCUGGUGGUAUAUUCAUGACUAGGUUUUAUCAUAGCGAAGAUCCAGAUAGUUACCAUGGCCUGCUGGGUACGGAACUUGGGAAAUUAGUAGGCGCAACUGUCUUGGGGCGUUGGCCACGCGGGACUCACCAUAUCUCGUAUAUUGCUGUUUCGAUGGAAAAUUUCCCACUCGGGCCGCCGGGAGAACAGGGUUCUAUAACUGUUCCAUAUAUGUUGUUUGCUAUUGAGCCUAUACUCGGUGCUGGACCUGUUGCUGCCCCUCCACCUGCUGCUCCACCAGCUCCUAUUAUUGGACAAAAGCGAAGGGGAGAGAACAAGUCAGAAGCUCUACAGCCAACCAAAAAGAAGUUUAAACCUAAGCCAACGCCUACUGCUGUUCCUGCUCCUCCUAUUUUGCUCCCUGUUGCUGGUGCCCCUCCUGCUGCUGUAGCACCACCUCCUGUAGCCGCGCCAGGCCCUGUUGAUGCACCAAUCCCUGCUCCUGACCGAAGACCACGUGGACCUGGCGCACGAAAAAUGGCUAUGGCCAACAGGGCUGCGAUGAUUCAGGCACAACAGGGUCGUCAACGAACACAUAGAUCUGGAAAGAAGUAUGGCGGUUAG